AUGGACCCUGAGAACAAUUACCUUCAGGAUGUGUUACGGUGUCAUCUCUGUGAGACCCCGGGCCCUCCUAUGUACUGUGCCAUUUGUAACAAAUAUCUGUGUAAAGCCUGUGAGAAGGACCAUAUCUCUGAUCAAUCCAAAGAACACAAAGUGGUACCAUUUAAAAAGAGAGGAUAUAGUCCAAAGUGUCAAAAACAUCCCUCAAAAAUAUGUGAACAUUACUGUGAGCAAUGUGACAUUCCUAUUUGUGCAACAUGUCUUUCCUCUGAAGAACACCAUGGCCAUCAAAUUAUUGAAAUAACUAAAACCAUGGACAACAAGAAAGAAUUCAUUCAAAAAAAUUUACAUGAACUAGAGAAAUCCAUUUAUCUUAAAUACCACGAGAUUGCAUCCAUUAUCACAGACCAGAUAUCUGCUCUGAAUGAAAACUCCCAGAAAUUAACAACAGAAAUUGACAAACAUGGAGAAGGCUUGCACAGAGAAAUAAACACCAUUAUCAGAAACAUGAAAUCUAACGUGGAGGAAAUGGACACCAAACACCUGGCUGUCUUAGACAAACAGGAAGAUGAAAUCAAACACAUCAUUUCUGAAAUCACACAGACCAUUGCUGAACUAAAGACGUUACUGGACUCCAAUGAUGUCAGCCGUGUCUCUGCCUACAAAUCCAGGAAUGAUGAAUUCAGAAGAUUGCCUCCUAAACUCACAAUGUCCUUACCAAGUUUUACCCCUCAGAAGAUCAUCAAAGAACAGCUUUAUCAACAGUUUGGUUCUCUGUCAGCGUCAUCUAUCAAAACAGAAGAACAUGGCUACACCAUGGAAUCUCCCGGUGCUGAGUCCUCUCCCUCGGACAGACCGCUCAUUGAUGUACCACGGAUCAUCACACAGAUAGACACCGAGUGUGAUGUAUUAUACAGUGUGUCCUGUCUGAGUGAUGAGGAGAUGUGGACGUGUGGUGGUUGGGACAACAUCAUGAGACUGUACAACCUCAGUGGGGAACUAGUGAAGUCGGUCCAAACCAAGUCAGGGAACAAUCCAGGGGACAUAGCAGUGACAAGGAGUGGGGAUCUAGUUUAUACUGAUUACAAUGAUAGAACUGUGAACAUAGUGAAGAAUACACAGAUACAGACAGUGAUCAGACUACGGGGGUGGAGACCUCGCAGUGUAUGUAGUACCUCCUCUGGUGACCUCCUGGUUGUCAUGAACAGUGAUGAUUAUAAACAAACAAAAGUAGUGUGUUACUCUGGCUCCACAGAGAAACAAAGUAUUCAGUACGACGACAAAGGACAACCUCUCUUUUCAUCUGGUGAGUACACUAAAUACAUCAGUGAGAACAGGAACCUAGAUAUCUGUGUGUCAGACUAUGUAGCCCAUGCAGUAGUGGUGGUCAAUCAGGCCGGGAAACUCCGGUUUACCUACACUGGUCGUCCCUCUACUACCAAGGGAGCAUUCUAUCCACGCGGCAUCACAACAGACAGCCAGGGUCGGAUCCUGACAGUAGACUAUAACAACUACCGUAUCCACAUCCUGGAUCAGGACGGACAGUUCCUCAGCUACAUUGACAACUGUUAUUUACAGAAUCCAUGGGGUUUAUGUGUGGACACCAGAGACAACCUCUUUGUGGUUGAGUGGUACACAGGUAUAGUGAAGAAAAUACAAUACAUGUAACAUGUGCUUUAUAUUUUACUACUGUAGUACUUUAAUGUGUCUAUAGAUUACAUACACUUGUGUAAAUAAAACUUUGUAUAAAUAUAUUUCAUUUAAAUUU